CUAGUUUACUUUAUUUUACAUAGCAAACAUGAAAAUGUUAUAGCACAUAUUGCGGGAAGGAAUCAAAGCCCAAAACCGACCCUAUAAAUUAAAUAAACCAAAAUUCCUUCCUCACUCUUUAGUUUCUGAAUCAAAAAAGAAAGGAAUUUUUUGUUUUAUUUUAAAUAAUUUGGGCAAAAAUGGGAAAGAGAAAGAAAUCUAGGGCUUCACGCGAUGAAGAUGAGGAGGAUGAAGUAGUUCAAGAAGAAGAGGGCAAUCAUUCUUCUUCAAACGAAAAGAGCUUAUAUGAGAUUCUUGGAGUCGAAAAAGCAGCAUCUCAGCAAGAGAUUAAGAAAGCAUAUUAUAAGUUGGCACUGAGACUUCAUCCUGAUAAGAACCCUGGUGAUGAGGAAGCCAAAGAGAAAUUUCAGCAGUUGCAAAAGGUCAUAUCGAUUCUCGGUGACGAAGAGAAACGGGCUGUCUAUGACCAAACAGGUUGCGUUGAUGACACUGAUCUUGCUGGGGAUGUUGUUGAGAAUUUGAAAAGCUUUUUCAGGACUAUGUACAAAAAGGUCACCGAUGCUGAUAUUGAAGAGUUUGAAGCAAAUUAUAGGGGGUCUGAUUCAGAGAAGAAAGAUUUGAUUGAUCUUUACAGGAAGUUCAAGGGCAAUAUGAAUAAGCUCUUCUGUUCUAUGCUUUGUUCAGAUCCCAAGCUUGAUUCACACCGUUUCAAGGACAUGCUUGAUGAGGCAAUAGCAGCCAGAGAACUUAAAGAAUCCAAAGCCUAUAAGAAAUGGGCAAAGAAAGUAUCUGAAAUGAAACCACCCACGAGUCCGUUGAGGAGGAAGGGGAAAUCAAAUAAACAGCCAGAAUCAGAUCUAUUUGCAAUUAUAUCUCAGCGUCGAAAUGAGAGGAAAGACCGAUUUGAUUCCAUGUUUUCAUCACUGGUAUCCAAAUAUGGGAGUAACGCAGAGUCUGAACCCACUGAAGAAGAAUUUGAAGCUGCGAAGAGGAAAGUUGAAAGCAAAGAGACCUCCAACAAAUCAAAACGGAAGCGGCAGUAGGUCUCACCUGGAUUUUAUUGAAGUUGGAUGUGGGGUAAGAGAUGAUGGCGCGUCAAAUGGGUAAGAUAUUUGAUUAUGUAUUUUAGGAAGUUGGAGCAAUGGAGGACGCCAAGAAGAAGAUGCUCUGGGCUACUAUGAAGGCGGCGGCUGUUGCCAACAUCUGAAAAAAAAAAAUUGUUUUCAUAAGUUAUUAAGUUGAAGAUUAAGUCCUUUUCUCUGGUCUCUGUUUGGUUACUUGGGUUUAAGGACUACGAAAGUCCAAAACUCUCGAUUUCAUCGACCAUGAUCAUUUUUGUUUUCUAAAUUAAAAUGAUCAGACUCAUUAGUAGUAGAAGGAUGACAUGUCUUUUACUCGAUUGUUAAUUUCCUUUUCUUUUCUUUUUAAAAAUUAAAUUAUGUUUCUUUUAUAUUAA